AUGGCAGAUUUCAAGAGGGGAUCGAGGGUUCACGUUGUAGGGGAGGUGGAGAUUGUGGAGAAGGCAGAGUCGCGCAGCUCCGAGCGCGGGAAGGACGCGUUGGGGUCUGAGAACGGCAAAAACCGCCAUGACGCCACAACCUUCUGCACCUCGGUGGACCACCACUCUAUGACUUCAACCGUGGAUUCCAAGGCCGGUCAAGUUGUGGGUGUCUUCGAGGGAGGAGCAUAA